AUGGAACAACCACAGCUGCCACAGCCACAGCAGCAAUCACAGCCGCAGCAGCCAGAGCAACCCCCCGGCCAGCCUCCCGAGCCGCUGGCGAACAAUUAUCCAGUUCCGCUAUCAAGCUUUCCGCCAUUACCUCCGCCUCCAGAGCUCUUGUAUCGCACCGAAACAGAGGCCGUCCAGGCUAUCAAGUCGUUUGCACAGGAUCAUCACUAUGCAGUCAUCACCAAGCGCACGAAUAAAGGCCGCGAGGGGAAAGUCGAGGCCAUCUACAUGACCUGUGACCAGGGUCAAGUAUAUCAGUCCACCGCAAAAGAGCGACAGAGGAACCCCUCGCGGAGAAAUGGGUGUCCGUUCAACCUGCGGAUCAGCUACCAUAAGGUUGACAAUCUAUGGCAUGUCAAAGUGCGCGAUGGCGCUCACAAUCAUGGCCCGUCGCCCACGCCUGCUGACCAUCCCUCCAUCCGUCGCGAGGAAAUACAACAAAAGACUCAAUAUAUCAAAGCCCUUCUGGACAUCAACAUGCCGCCGAGUCAAAUUCUUAAGCAGCUUCGCCACGUGGACUCUACCACUGUCAUUCAGGUCCGCGACAUCUAUAAUCUCCGCCAUCGCCUUUAUCAGGGUAAAAUCCCCGUCCCGGCGGUGACAAUCGCCGAAUACUCACAAGUGGCGGGGAAGAAGCGUCGCCGCCAGGACGGUUCAGAUAACCAGUCGUCCGAAGAGGCUUCAAUCCCGGGCCCUGUCGAAGGGGGCGGGCCAGGAAUCGCUCAGAGUCCUGUCGCUCCUGCCACUCCUGUUACUCCUGUGGCUGCGGCCGCGACGGCGGUCCCGAGUCAGCAUAAUCAUAUGCAUAAUGCACACGACUUUUUGUUUACUUCAACGAUGUUUUGA